AUGACUCCUCCACCUUCAGAACCAGAAACAACUUGCUACCUCCUCCCAGGUCUCCAAGCCCUAGACCCCUCUGUCCCAGAAGUCGACCUAGACGCCUACACUUGGAUCCAACCCACCGCCAUCGAAGACGACGAAGUAAUGUUCGACGGCAAGGCCCUAAGUACUUGGUACGAGGAGGAGCGUCGGCGUCUGACCAGCGGGAGCGAGGAUGGCGAGAAGUCAAGAAGUCAGAAUACUUGCGGAAACACCACUCGAGAUAGGACAAGUCACAUAAAGAAUAAGUCACUGUGA